AAACGAACUGGUCGGCAUUUAUUACGAGAGGACGCAAAUUAACGCACGCAAUCAAUACAAUUCUCGCGAUAAUUAUUUUCAAUAAUCAUGACAAUUUUUACCCCAGUAACAGGUAAUGCCAAUUUCAUUCUGUAAAGAAAUGUUUAAAACAGCAACCCGAUAGUCAUAUUGUACUAACUCUUAACUGUAUGUAAAGUGUCGCUAAAUCCAUUCAGCGUAUGGACUAAUUCGGCGACCAGAAAUAGAAGCCACUUCUGUGGUGGCAUCACGCUCGUGGACAGGUGCGCGCCACAAGUUUAUGCCCGCCCACACGCGAGUUGCUUCACCCUUGCUCCUCUUAUACAGCCUGAUUCGAACACUUAUACGAUGACAAACUUUCUAGGCAAAGAAUCAAUUCUAAGUAUACUUUUGGUAACGUACAGUUUUUAAUGACACAGAAAGGAUCAUUCAAAGGCAGCAUUCUUAUGCACAGGUAUUAUCAAGGCUGUACUCUUCACGAUAAUGGGCGUCGAUUGCCCGUGGGAACGUGGAUCGGGAAGGACAUGAUGGAAACCCUAUUCAACAAGUGAGGGUGGGGUGCACGUUCCCAUCCCUUUACGAUAACCGUGUCAGCAACACGACCCAAUAACAAUACAAAAAUUCCGCACUGUGGAGCAAUUAAUGCUUUGCAAGCUGCAAAAGGAAACUGCUAUUGUGGGCGUUCAAAGGAUUUCCCUUUCCCGCCUGGUUCUGAAGGUAAGCGAACCUGUUCCCUUAAUUAUGCAUGUCUUCUACAGUCAGUCUGUAUUAAUCUCUUCGAACUGAUGGUAUAGUUCCCAUUUUUAUGGGCCACAAUUACCUGUUACACUAUAAACAAAUCUGAUUGAAUCAAAUAUAGGUCUACAAUAUUAAAUCAAGGCAUAUACCAUAACUGUGUGUGAUAUGCAUGACAGUUGUCUAGUUUUUGGCUUUGAAACGUCUGAAAUAUUGUCAACGUUAUAUGAACCCGAGACAAUUAUACCCAAUAAGUGAUGCAAAUAAUCAACACAUGCGCUUCCCGGCGUUUACCGGUAGAUUCAUGGCCGGUCGAUGAUGUGUAAGUUGCUGAAACUGUUUCUGAUGUCCUGUACCCUGAGCAGUCGAUAAACAAUGCCCUUUGACGUUAAUGCAUUUAAACCUUGCAACUGGAAAUGUUACAGGAAGGAACAGGGUUAUUCGUUUCAUCAGGUCGUUAGACAUCAUUUCCGGGUUUGGGUGGCAGUGGCUUGUAGAGGGAUUUAGUCUAAUUCUGCUAUUGUUCAUGGCAUUUAUUUUUUAACAACACUCACGCAAUCUGCCCCACUACUCCGUGUAACGAUGACUCGACUUAUCUGUAAAGGAAGUGCAAAGACGGUAAAGUCCACAAACCUAACAAACAUGACAAGGUGAUCUGGAGUCAGUUAUAUCAUAUCUGAAUCUGACCGAAGUGGAAUCAUUCUCUCAAAAUUCUUGAGGAUUACGUGCCGUUUGAAAGCUAUAGGAACAAGCCUAACGCUGCCCUAGACAAAAUUCUGCGGGUUACCAGCAUUGGGAUUGUGCAAAAGAACCCCGAAUGAAGUCCGUGCGUACAAGGCUGGUCGGUUCCGAGUGUGGACGCCGGAGCUUAUAUGACUGUUCGACUUCGUGAUAAACGAUGGCGGGACUUCCUAAACUCCGAACCCGCGGGGUGCUUCUCGUGCUGUUUCUUGCGGGAGAAUUUUUUUCGACAUCUGAAGCCGGCCAUGUUUUGUCACCUCACCUGUCGGAGAACAUGAGAAGAUUUCUUUGUAACAGAAGAUGUAACGGCUCAUGUCAACCGUGUAGAAUUCCACGAUCAACGAGAUGUAUGUUGUGUCGGCAGAUCUGUUGCUCCACCGAGCCUGGUGAAGAUGCCGCAGAUGGCCAAUGCUACCGAGAUACUUGCGAUGCACACAAUUUUCCAUGUGAACAAGAGCGUGCGAGAUCUGUCAUUUCGAAGACGCCAACGUCACAGAGUGCGAGUCCGAGGAUGGUGACGACAUCUGUUUGUACGACAGCUCCCAGUCAAACAGAAUCUACUGCGUCUGCAAGGGUAUCCCUGACGCUGUUCCAGGAAAAAAUUGCACCGAACAGCGACAAGAACAGGCGACGACAAAGGGCUCCACAACGCAGUGGGAAUAACAACAGCGGUGAAAGAAGGCGUAAAGAUGGAGAAAGAAUACAUUCGGAACAACAACCUACGGGACCAUCGACUGCAUCCAACAUUGGGCGGUCGGCAGCUACUGACACGUCUAAUCCAAUAUACGAAGUGUCCCUUCCCAUGGACCAAACUCAAGAUAAGAACAGCAAGUAUUUGGAGACAGAGUCAAGGACUUCACCGAAUACGUCUAACAUUAAGCAGCCGGCAACCAAUGACACAUCUAAUCCCAUAUAUGGUGUACCCCUUCCCAUGGACGAAAUUCAAGAUGGUAGCAGUAGACAUUUGGAGAAACGGCCAAAAGCUUCACCGAGUGAGUCCAACAUUGAGCAGUCGGCAACGAAUGACACACUUAAUCCCAUAUAUGGCGUGCCCUUUCCCAUGGACCAAAUUCAAGGGAUGACGUUUCCUAGCUUAUCUGGCGAUGGUGGCACCCCCUGUCGGUCGUGCGGUGACUCGGCCAAUGACGUAAUGCUGUCGCCUCCACCACCAGAAGUCGAAGGGAAGGAGGCUCGUGGCGGCCAUCAGUAUUUUGUUUUGGAACAGGAAAGCCCACCGAGUAGACAACCGCGUCAAAAUACGGAGGCCCCACAUGGAAAAGAGACUAUUGCGCUUGAAGGGUUCGCCCCAAGGGACGGACAUGGCACCAAAAAGGCAGGAGAGGAUCCUGAAACUACGAGGGACGACAUGCAGUCACGUGGGCUACAAGGUAACCAGUCAGAUGCACAUAGCCUUCCAAAAGGGCCCUACUAUUUCACACUGGAACCACCAUUUGGUAACCAAGACGACGAGACUUCGGAGACAACCUCGCAAGGAGAAAGCAGCGACACCGAGGGGUACAAUCACGUCAAACGUCAACGCGCGCACGAGGCACAGAGCCCCAAUUACUCUCAUUUAACCCCACAGUCCGAAUACGAUCACAUCAACCGAUUUGGACACAUGCACUCCACAUAUGGUGAUAUGAGCCAAUUUCACGGCUACAGCAUGUACAGCCACUUGAAAUCUCACGACGAGAAAUAACGUGCGGAUGACUAAUUAUUAAUUUGAAUACCGUUGUGAAUUCGAUGCGUUUUGACAACUGCGUGGAAAUGGUGACAAUAACUGAAGCUGCAGCCGCAAUGCGUACACGGCCUGAGAGAAUGGCAGGAAAAAAACUCCCAGUUGCGGAUUUUUUUAUCAUAUCACGAGUGACCAUUCUUGAUAACCAUUUUGCUAUUUGCAAGCACUCCAAGGCCAUAACUCGAAUUGGUAAUUUGUAACUUACACUAACCUGUGUUAAGCAUUCCAUUUUCUUAUGAGUUAUUGGUUAAUGCAAUUUGAAUACAGAGUUGGGUUUUAUGGAAUCAAUUUUUACCCAUUUAUUGCUCAACGCUCCUUUCAUCGUGUUUAUUAAGUAGGUGUGAACUUAACCAUUAAACUUGACGUUAAAGACAGUCAUUAUCCCGUUUGUAGCAUUUUAUUAUUUUUCGAUAGGAAACAUUAAACGGCUUUAUUGGCCGAUUCCAUGUUAUCCGAUAAUUGGAGGUCAACCACAUAUUGCCUGGUCCAUCUUCUCUUUUCUGGCGUUGGUAAACACUACUCAGAUAUGCCUAUAAUUUCAUGUAAAGCUGACCAGUGGUUGAAAUGAUUUUUUAAAUCUUUCAAAGUUUUAUAGUGUAAUAUGGAUAAAAACUUCUGCACAUAUUGUUUUCUGUAAUUCCAACAUGGCAGUUUCCAUUUUUAAUGUAAAUAUUAGUUUGGCGGGUCAACGACUAGGGUAUACAUUAUGCCUCUAGGCCUACGUACAGGUACCAUGGGCCGUUAAGCUCAUUUGCACAGAUUGCAUAAAGAUAGAUACAGGGCAAAGGAAAAAAAAACUUCGGCUAUCAAGGAUUUGUAACAUGUUACUUAUCCCCCAUCGGGGGAUUGGUAGAUUGGUAACAGUCCAUUGAAUGACAAUCGUAUGGGGUAUGUAUUGUGAAAGUUAGAUGCAAAACAUGACGUCAUCAACAUGGUUACGAUAAUGACACAAAAUAAGGGACAUUAAUUAAACAUCUCGUGAUGGUUUUCCCUGUAAAAGUUCCUGUGGUGAAUCAGUCAGUCACAUUUGCAGUGAUGUCAGCGAUUAACAAAAUGCUAUAUAUCUCUAUUUUUUCGACCUCUGCAAUGAAAAUGUCAAGCAGGUGAUGACUUUGAAUCAUGCGUCGUAAUCACCUGCAGUGUGCCGUACACUUUGAACCUAUAAUGAAUGAUUUGUGAAAUAUCAUAGUGUAAUCAUAUACAAUCACGCAGAAAUAAGUAACCGACUGACUAAAGGCAGGGUAGAUCUUGUGUAGAUCUUGAAUAAAAUACCGACAAGGUAAGGACAGGUACC